CUUUAAUAGAAAGUUAUACGUGAGUUAUACGUAUCUAUAUCUGAUAUGUGCUGUGUUCAGUAAUAUUCAAUAUUGUAGAAUAUACAAGCCUUCAACUUAUGCCUUUUUCCUGGUGAAAAAAAUGCGAUUUUUCAGUUGUUGAUGUAAACAGUACCUUAAGAGUAUUGAGUAGGAGUAGAGGCAAUUCAUUAUUCAAGUAGAUAAUAAAAAUACACCAACAUACUUUCCCUACUAUUGUUUAUUUUAUGAUGAUUUUAUGGUGUCAAUGAAAAUUUGUUUCAAAUAUAAUGAAUUGAUGUAGGACUGUAGUUACUAGGAAUAUUGAUAGAGUCAGAAUGUUGUCUUUUUUAGUAAAGUCAGUCAUCCUGGCAUCUGUGUUCGUAAACGGACGAGGAAGUCAAUUGAAAACACUUCAAAGGAACCACCAAGCCAUUCAACUAUCUAAUGCAAACACCCGUUUUAUUGCCAGUCUCUCUAACAUUACCUAUACAAAUGAAGUUUUGGACAAUAUACUCAUACCAAGAGUGGUGGGCACCUCCAAUCAUGAAAAAGUUUUUGAUUACAUAAAGAAAGAACUGCAAAUGCUAGAUUGGAGUAUAGAGGUGGAUGAGUUCGAAAGUGCCACACCACAUGGCACUAAGACAUUUAAAAAUAUCAUUGCAACACUAAAUCCAGAAGCUGAAAGAUAUUUGGUGUUGGCCUGUCAUUAUGAUAGCAAAUACUUUGAGAAUGAGGUGUUUGUUGGUGCCACGGAUUCUGCCGUUCCAUGCGCCAUGAUGCUAAAUCUCGCCAAGGUCAUGAAAAGCCAACUGCACCAAUUGAAACAAAAACACAAUCUGAACUUGAAGUUGAUCUUUUUCGACGGAGAAGAAGCUUUCGUCCAGUGGGGCCCCAAAGACUCCAUCUACGGGGCGAAACAUUUGGCCGAUCGCUAUCACCGGAGUCGGGGGACGGUUUCUGGGGAGACCGUUUCGGAAUUGGAAAGGAUCGACGUUUUGGUGCUGCUCGAUUUGAUUGGUCACAGAGGCACAAGGUUCUACAAUUCUUUCGACGAAACUCAGCAUUGGUUUUCAAAACUUGCAGACACUGAAGAUAAACUAGGACAAUUAUUAUUACUAAGGAACCGUAAUCACAAAUAUUUCGUCAGAAGAAGUUACUACGGCUAUAUCGAAGAUGAUCAUAUACCGUUUUUGCAAAGGGAUGUUCCUGUAUUACAUCUCAUCUCUAAUCCGUUUCCGCGUGAAUGGCACACCCCAGCGGACAAUAGAGACAUAGUUGAUAUGCAUACAGUUGAAAAUAUCAACAAAAUCCUCAGAGUUUUCGUCGUGGAGUAUUUGCAUAUUUAUCUGCCCAAUACCAUAGAAGAUAAUGUUCCAGAGAAAGAGUUAUGACCCCCACAAGAAGAGAAUAAUUGAAUUAUUUCACUGUUGAAAGAAUACAGGGUGUCGUUUGAAAAACAAAUUCCAAGCUAGAAGAUU